GGAACGUGCGUAAAGUUCGGGAGCCCCCGGCCGAGCGCGCGACGGGGAGGAGCCCGCAGCCUGCGCGCAUAAAUACGCGUGACCGUGGACGACGGAGGAAAACAGACCGAGAGGUGUCCGAGGAACGAGCUCCCUCUCCUGCGCUGCGCAUCCACAUCGUAUCCACUUAGAACCGGGAUCUACUUUAGCGCUUUUUUUUUUCCUUUUAGCGUCUUACUUUGCGCACUUUCCAAGAUGACCUGGGCGCUGAACAGCUGUUUUCUCACUCUGGCCGUCCUGCUUGUUUGGCAAAUGGAGGAACUGGCAGAAGCCUGCAGCUGCGUCCCCGCGCAUCCUCAGCAGGCGUUCUGCAACGCAGACGUCGUUAUCAGGGCAAAAGUGGUUGGAAAAGAAGACAUUAAAGUCGACAACAACAUCUACGGCAGCUUAGUCACACACUUCAAGUACAACGUUAAACAGAUCAAGAUGUUUAAAGGGCCAAGCCAGAAUAUUGAUGCCAUCUACACUCCUUCCUUAUCUUCAGUGUGUGGAGUGACUCUGAAGACUAAUGGCCAGGAGUAUCUUAUCACAGGCAGACUGAACGACGAUGGGAAGAUGCACAUCAGCCUGUGUAACUUCAUUGAGCACUGGGAGGCCCUGACGGCGACCCAGCAGAAGAAUCUGGUUCAGCGCUAUGAAACGGGCUGCGACUGCAAGAUCAACCGCUGCACCUCCAUCCCCUGCGUCAUCGGCGGCCCGGCGGAGUGCCUGUGGACGGACUGGAUAGUGGAGAAGACGGCCCGGGGCAACCAGGCCAAGCACUUCUCCUGCAUUAAGAGGAGUGACGAGUCCUGUGCCUGGUACAGAGGCGCCGAGCCGCCGAAAAAGGACUUCCUAGACAUCGAGGACCCGUAACUCCACCGCUGCCAAAGAUAUAAAUACCAAAAAAACAACAACACACAAGUCAAAUGGUUAUUGUUCUUUUAAACAAAGCCUUAGCAUGUGUGCUCCAUAGUGAGGUUGAACAAAUGUGGAAUUAUGUUUUUUUUUAUUGCAGGACUUAUUAUGUUUUUAUCCACCAGUCUUAUGAAUUCAGCACUUUUUAGCUCCCGAACUCCCCAAAACCAGAGCGCUUCCCCAAAACCACUUCAGCUUCAGCUGAAAUAAAGGAAUAGUCAUCCCAAUUCAGUCUUCCUGUAAAUAGUAUUUUUUUUUUUUGUUAUUGCACCUUUCUUCAUUUAGCCCAAAGAGAUUGUUUAACGUGACCAGCGACACACGUGUGGCCACUCAGAGUGCGGCAGGGCACAUGGGCGGCGUUCUGGUCUGUGGCAGCAUCGCAGGGAAUGAGGGGCACGUCUUACCCAGCAUCCUUUUUUAAGGCUGUGCCACAUCUGUUCACAGUCAGAGUGUGGCUUGUUGAGUGAUCUCACGUCAUAGAUGCUUUUUAAUGCACUUUGAACACAACUGUCGCAUCCGCCAUAUUGUCUCUAAUGAAAAAUGUUUGAGAGAUUGAAGUAAAUGUAAUGACACUUUUUAUUUAAAGAGGUUAUGGUUUUUAUACUCUGUGGAAAAUAAUACAAUUUUUAUAUGUUCACAAGCAAGGUUACACAUUUGUCAUUCAUUAAAGGUUGACUCAUAGACACGUCUGACUGGCUCAUUGGUUGUUGAUUAAUGAACAUAUUUUAACCAAUCAUCCAUUUAUUCAAAAACACAACAGAACAAAAAGGUGUUUGUCAUUUGUCAUGUGACUUUUAUAACUAAUAAAAGUUAAAAUGUCUUGUGCUGGUUUCACACAUGACCUUUGGGAUAAAAUGAGUUUUGCAUGCAUGUCUGACUGAAACAAUACUGUACAUUUGACUGUCAUAUUAAAAGCCAAACCAGUUUUAA